CGAUAGCGGGUGAAAGAGAAAUCGCUAGUGGUCCGACUGACGACGAGAUGUCGUACUAUGAUAUUGAUGCGAUAUUAACAGAUGCGCAGAAACUGCCGUGCACAUUUGAGCUCGACGUGCCGGGGCUUGGCAUUUUAGAAGGCAAUCCCGGAGAGAAUAUUAAAGCCGGUACUCGCAUCGAUCUACCGCUCUGGUUGGGAGAGAUGCUGUCCAUCGGUGCUCGACUGGGUACCUCGCGAUUAGUGACGCUGGAUCUCCCGUAUGCGUUAUCGGAUCGGGUUCUGAAUGCGCUGAAGGCUGAUCCGCGCACGGUGGAUCUGCGCUCGCUGGCGCCGCACUUCUACAGCCUGAGCGAGCGGGUGCUCGAGCUGUUCGAGGAAGAGGAGAUGGUAGAAGUUCUGAGUAAUACAUUCAAGAAGCGUGCAGCGCAGAUUGCCGACCAUGCGCACAAUCCGCAGGGCGCAUUGGGCCAGGGGGCGGAUUUCCUGCGUGGCCUGGACGAGACGGAAAGACAAUUGUUCCGAGCCACGCAUGACAGUGCCAAGGAGAUCCGGGUAUGGGCUGGUGAGUCGAAGAAGAAAUGA